CUUUAUUUCUGUACACAUUUUUGCUCACCAGUUUGAAAAACCAGAUCUACAGAUGGAAUAUACAGGGCGUCUGAUUGUACGACAGGAUUACAUUGGUGUUGAAGUAGAGAAGGAGGGAAAUGGCAUAAGAGAAGUGAUUCUGUCAGCCACUGGCAAGAGAGAAGACAAUGAAAUGUCCAUGAACAUCGCAUACAACACAGAAGACCCUAGCAAGAAAGUCGGAUUUGACGCCAAGCUGAAGGACGAGAAAUUCAUGUUACAGAUUUAUCGUAUAAAAGAUUAUUGGAACAGAGGAAACGAUUUCUCACUCACUAUUGAAAAGAGGCCCAUCUCUGUGGUGUUUUUCAGUUUCUUGUGGAACCCUUCGGUCUUGAUUGACAUCAAA